AUGCUGCGAGAAGCGCAAAGAGCAGGAUUUGACAUCGAUAAAGAUGCCGAAGAGAUUCCAGUUCCUAAUCAGAGAACAAUUUAUGACGCAUCAGGAAACCCAAUGGAGUUUAAAGAAUCGACGUUGGGCCACCGAAGGAAGACCCAUCGCGUCUGUUCCAUCCGGUUACGGGAGCUUACAGGACCCGCUAGAGGAUUCGAUGCACGUGUGUCGAUGCGUAUGAAACGAUCGACACGACGGUGUCAUUGGGACACUCUGCUACGAGCCUCGGAAUCAGCCCAAGACCCAAGCGAGACAAGAAAGACGAUGCCGACACCAGCACCAGUGCAACCAAGCCCAAGGACGAGCAGCCGAAGAAGAAGCUGA